CCAUAUCGUUUAGGGCAAGUCAAUAAUAUCAUACAGAAGCCUAUAAUUCAUCAUAUAGCAGAAAAGUCCAUACACCCCUAAUCAUGCCAUUCUAAUUCACCUAGGUCAAUUCUAAACAUCAAUAUAAUUAUCGUGAUUCGACAAACCCGGUAUGCCGUGCUAAUCCCUCACCAGUUCUGGCCGUUCAAACACCGGCUUAACCUUCCCGUACUAAAACGUCACUUCACGAACGAACCCCGAAUUAAAAUCCGAGACCGUCCUAAUAUCCCCUGCAGUAUCCUCGUCAAUAUUAGUUCUGGGCUCCGGGUCAAAUUCUCGAUAAAAACACAUCAAACCCUGGCCGGAGCUAAAUUCAGCGAUUCGGACCCCGACCUAAAUAAUUGCCGAAAUUCAGGGAUUAGAACUAGAGGAUUGAUUACCUUGCUGCAGUAAGCUCGUAUAUGAAAUUUGGGCUCAAUCCGGCUUCCGGAUACUCCGAAACCCUAAUUUGGCUUAUCGGGAAUUCAAGAAAUUCCUGAACCAAAAACUCGUUUUAAAGCUCUAAAUCGAUAAAUCACGAUGUAUAGAUGAAUUAGGCAUUACUUACGGGAUUUUUGGAUUAGUAGAACUCAAGAUUUGAGCUCUGAAAUUUUCUUCGAAACUACCCUGUGCGCGUCCCUGUGGUUUCUGUAUCGAGAGGAAACUUGCAAAUGAAAAUGAUGGUGGGACGGGGAUAUAUAUAUAUCCGACCGCUCACUCACUUUUGAUAUAUAUAUAUAUAAUUAAUACGUAUACUUAUCCGAUCGAUCGAUAAUCCGAUUUUCGUCGAAAUAGUGUCGAAAUGCUCGAUUUUGAAUCGGGAAAUUUUCUAGCGAUCGAAAUAUGGGUUUUGCCGUAACGGGAUGUUACAUCCGCGCAACUACCCGCGCCUUGGCGGUACAUCCAUUCGCCUCCGGAGGCCCGGAUUGGCUUGUGCGGCGACGGAUGGGUGGGUCUGUACCAAGAAUUCAUUCGGUUUGGCAUGCGCUUCCCCAUCUAUCUUGUCCUUGAAGGGAGUCAUGGGUGCUUUCCAUUGCCCCCUUGGGCGCCUUUCUCCCGCCGUUAUCUUAUAUACCAUUAUUUUCCGCUACAAGUGCCAACGACACCAUGUUCCCCCUACCUUUAAGCUUUUCAAACAUUUCUUCAAAAUGACCAAGAGUCCCAACUUCCUCAGCUUACAAAGGCGCACGGAGCUGGGGUAUGGCUUCAUAGCAGUUGCGUGAAGAUGGGGCGCACGUGGUUUGACUCCUAUUUCUUCGUCAAACCGCGUGAAGUUCCUUUCUUUCAGAGUGAGCGCCCUGCGACCUCGCAGUGGUCUUUGGGGAAUCGAUUAGCUUUUAACAAGGUGGAGCCCCUAAACCAGAGUAAGGAGGCAAUGGCCAAGUGCAUAUCCGUCGAGCCCAUUGAUCUCGAGUCAUCGGAUGAAUAUGCGUGCGUUCUUGCCGAAUUCUACGGCGAUGGUACCGGCCAUGCGCCCUUCUGUUACUCACGCGCAAUGUAGUCAAAAUCGCGCUUUAAAACUUAAAAACUUACGAUUUCACGUUUCUAGGUCACUAAAACGCUUCUACACAAAAUCUCAGUUUUUACAAAUUAUGUAGUGAAAAACUCCGCUUUAAAACUUAAAAACUUACGAUUUUACGCUUCUAGAUCACCAUAACAUUUCCACGUAGAAACUCGCUUUUGACUACAUUGCCCAUGCGCUCUACUAAUGUUGCUUGUGCGCUUUUCUUAUUAAUGUUGCAUGUGCGCUUCUCUGGCCGCUCUUUUUCUUGUACAUGGUGUAGGGACCGACUUCACCUCGGUGACGAACCUUAUCAGGUUGAAGCUCGACCUGCUCCGCAACGUGAACAUUGGUCAGGCUGCCCCUCCCAGCCAGGCAUCUCGGGAAAAGAGGGCGCAGCCCAAUAGGGUGCGGUGUACAACAUCCGCAGGCACCUCAUCGAGAGCGCGCGCCUCCUCCCCCUUGCACGCUCGUUCCAAAGGUGAGGGGGCAGGCCAUAGUUCACCUCAAGUAGAGCGUCGCGCUUCAACCACCUCUACUCCAACCUCCACUUCCAUGCCUCGGAAGACCGCCGGGAUGAGCACUCCUCCCUCUCCUUCAUCCGCCGCGUCUCGGAAGAGGGCGGGUGGUACUCUGCGCGGUCAUGAGAAGAAAUCCAAGACCUCCACUGCAAGCGGGACUGGUCUGCCCCCAAGUUUGGUGGAGCCAACGAUUGGGGAGCACACUGGCCAGGUGAUUCCCCCAUACUUCCUGUCCCGACGCCCUCUUGUCAAGGUGCCGGUGGACGUCCCUGUUAAGGGGGCCAAGGAAUUGCCCGAUCUGUUCAGAUGGCGAGGGCGCAUUAUGAUGUUGUGGAGCAUCUAGACGGCCUGAUCUCCGCGAAACCCUGGCUGAAGCUGGCCAACAUGAGCGUUCAGGUAACACUUUUUGUGAUGACGCGCAUGAAACUUUCCUUUGUCUCCUUGACUGCUUGAUCGUACCUUUGCCCUUUGUUAAUAAUUGUUUGGUUGUCUU